AUGGGUUUCGGAUGCAGUAAAAUUGAUCAACCUACUAAUAGUAUACAGCGACUCUCAAUAACAUCUAAUGGAUCCAUUUUUAGUGCUGCUAGCCAUACGACUCAUGCAACUACUAAGAAUAUAAUGGACAAUAUAGUUCAUGAUAUCGACACUGAGCAAUUAAAAUUGAAUGCAUUCUAUAUUCGAUUGACUGAAAACAAGAUUAAAAUCAAACAAUUACUUGAACCUGUGUUGAUAAAUCAUGAAUUGAUUGUUCUAUUGAAAAAACGUUUGGUGAGUAUCCUCGAGAAAUGGAAUUUAUCUCCGACAGAACAAUUGGAUCAAACAGAGAAGUUAACUUUUCGAAAUAUAGCAAUCUUCUUCUCUGAAAUCGCUGAAAGGUUCAACUCAGACACACCGCCGACCAUCUAUCGAACUUUUCUAUCGUCUAUGCCAUGUAUAUCAAUCAUGCAGCAGUGCUUAGACAACAUGGCUGCUGAUGGAAAACAUAUGACUGAUCCGCAUGAUCAAUACAAUUUAGAAAGUUUCUCAUAUCUGCUCAACACUUUUCGAAGUUUCGACACUUCAUCCGGUGACCAUUCUAUUGACGAAAUACCAUCCAUAUUUCCCUUACUCAUAUCUGUUAGCGAUCUCAUUCGUUCAAAAUAUUACAAGCAAACAUUUCUUAAUCUGUCACAUGAUGCCAACGAGUUUACCAUCUUAGAACGUUUUCUCCUAGAAAGAUGUCCUGGUUUUGUAAAUGCCUACAAAGGAAAACGUUCGUCAGAAAUCCAUAAUCGACUAUUAGAACAAUUAUUCGAUCAAUCUGUGGAAUUUUUAGAAUAUUUCUUACCGAAUGUUCAAACCUGGACAUCACCAGUCAUUCUUGCGCUGACCCAUGUAAUCGAUAUCAUGGUAAAUGCAUCAUCCAGUGCUCAAACUCAUAUUUUUCAACAUCCAAAAAUCAUUGAAUAUGUGCUAAUCAUCCUUUGCAAUCAACGUCUUUGCUCGAAACUACCGUCCAAACAAAUGACGCCUGAAACAUGGCUCAUCAAUUCGAUUCUGACUGGUCUUCAUAAUAUGAUCUACGAUUCUAAACUUCUCGCAAUUAUACAACAGAAAACAGUCACAUCGAUUUUCCUGAAUAUUACUAGUAUUUCCUCUUACGAUCGUAUUAGAAUACAUGCCUAUCUGAUCUUAGCUGGUAUUUUGAACGAAGCUGAAAUCAAACAAUUGAACAAUGCGAAAGAAAUUACAACGGUUUUCCUCAUAUAUUUGACGAAAGCAAUGCAGUCGCCUGAUCGAAUGUUUCGAGGUGUGCCGCUGAUAGCGAUUCUUUGCGGCUUGAAAACUCUCGUGCAACAUGAUGAAAUCAAGAGUGAAAUGUUAGCACAAAAUGGAAAUUUAGAAACACUAUCCACUGUUAUUUUCAAAAGCAACGGUCAAGAAUUAGCGCAUGCAUUGAGUAUUCUGUGGACACUAUCAUUCGAAAAGAACGUAGCUUUAGCAAUCAUUAAGAACGACAAGCUAAUCAGCCGAAUACAAAUUCUAGCGACAGAGACGACAUCUAAUACACAAAUCGGUAGCACCAUAUCAAGCGCUGCACAAGGAAUUCUGUGGCAAAUUCAAGGUGAGAAAGAAAAUGGAAAAGUUGUAAAUGAAUCUGAUGAGCCAGUCUCGUCGUCGAAUAAAGAUCGUAAAACGUCAGGGAAAACGAAGAAAUACGAUCUUAUGAUCAGUUAUGCGCAUGACGAUAAAGAGCUAUGCCAUCGAAUUGCCGAUCAAUUGAUUCGUGAUGGCUUCAGCGUUUGGAUCGAUAAGAAUAAUAUGACUGGUUCAACCCCCGCUGCCAUAGCCGAUGGCAUUGAAAAUAGUGAAAUAGUCUUACUUGGAAUGACCUACAGUUAUAAAAUUAGUCCAUGGUGUCAACGAGAGGGCAACUAUGCAUUUCAACGUCAAACGAAAAUCAUUCCGCUCAAACUACCUCCUGCCUAUUCACCAGAUGGCUGGCUUGGUCUACUUGUGUCUAAUUUGAAUUAUAUCAAUUUCUCCAAAUUCGACUUCAGUACCGCAUAUGAACAACUGAAAGCAGAAAUUCGCAAACUAUCCAAUACCAAAGUAGCGCAAGGGCCUGCCACGACCGAUCCCGUAGGUGAUACUGAAUACGUCUAUCCUCCACAAUCGAAUGGUCUCUACGCAACAAUUCCGAUUCAGAAUUGGUCACAGCAACAUGUCAUUGAUUUCAUGAACGAUAAAAAAUUAUACCCGUUAAUUUUACUUUGCAAAGGAAUGGAUGGAGCUGCUCUAUAUCAGUUAUACACGUUUUGUAACGACAAUCCAACUGUCUCCUUCGACUCGCUACAGAAGAAACUGGAGAAAAAAUUCAAUAACUAUGAUCUUUCUCCGAUUGAAUACACAAUUUUCAUCAGUGAAAUGAAAAAACUGACUAUACUUGUUUAG